AUGAAGACGACCACACUCGCCGUCUCCCUGUUAGCGGUUGCUCCCGCUGCUGCUACCGUCGCCGGCCGGUCCAGGUUUCAACCCGAGGGCAAGUCGAUCAACUUCACCUCUGUCUCGGGCUACUUUGUCCAGGACGACCCCGCGACCAGUCCCACGGGGUUUGACUAUGCCACGGUCAACUUUGGCUUGAUCAACCGGACGUAUCCGACAGACAAGCGCUUUGACCCAAAGCGCGAGAAGACGCAAUGGCAGCGCUUCGAAGCGUAUGUCAAGCACCUAAACUCUGGCUGCGGCAAGAAGCCCAACGUCGAGUACAAGGUUCUCUUCAUGGGACGUCACGGCGAGGGCUGGCACAAUGCUGCCGAGUCCUUCUAUGGCACUCCCGCCUGGAACUGUUACUGGGCCGAGCAAGAAGGCAACGGAACCGCGGUCUGGGCCGACCCGCUGCUGACGCCAGCCGGCGAGCGCGAGGCAUACAAGGCGAACGCCUACUUCAAGGACCGUUACGAGACGCAGAAGAUGCCCUGCUUUGAGUCUUACUACAGUAGCCCGCUCUCUCGGUGCACCGUCACGGCCAACCUCACCUUCGCAGACAUCAACCUCCCCGCAAACCGUCCGUUUGUGGUCACCGUCAAGGAGGGCUUUAGGGAGGGCAUGACGGUUCACACCUGCAACCGAAGGUCAACCAAGACCCAAAUCUCCGCCAUGUUCCCGACCUACCAAUUUGAGCCGGGCUUCACCGAGGCCGACGAACUCUGGCGCGCCACCGAGAGCGAGACGGACGCGGCCUUCGCGGCGCGCGCCAAGGCGGUCCUCGACGACGUCUUCACCAACGACAAGAACACGUGGAUCAGCAUCACGGCGCACUCGGGCGCCGUCGCCAAGCUUCUCGAGGCGCUCAACCACCGCGCCUUCCGCCUCGCCACGGGCCAGAUCAUCCCCGUGCUGGUCAAGGCCGAGGUCGUGGAGAAGCAGCCUACGCCGACGUUCGAGGCGCACGAGCCCUACUCGACUUGCGAUGCGCCGCCUGUCACGUCGAUUGCCGGGCAGGGGUGUGUCUGUGCUACGGGGACGGGCCUGCUAGUUGCGCCGACGGGGAUUUGA